AUGAGAGCUGUCGUAGAGUCCAUCAUAGCCACCUUCGAGAGCGGUAGUAAGCUCCUUCGAACAUAUCCUACUGCCCCUGCUAAUCCUCUAUCAAUACCAUCCUCACCAUUACCAACCAAGCCAGCUUGGCAUAUGCAGCAACAUGGACCCGUUGAAGCUCUGCCAGAACGGAUACAUCAGCACCGCCUCCGUACUACUACCACUCCUCAGCAGCAGUAUCUCCUUGCCCAACCACCACUUACUCUCGGACAACUUCACUUUCCAGCUCUCUCGAGUGAAGCACAACGGCUCAACGAUCAGCACCACGCCUACCGACGAGCCUGCAACGACCACUUGCUCCAUCCUGACCUUCAGACCCAUCGCUUUCGCAAGAUCCUCGACGUGGGCUGUGGUACCGGUAUCUGGCUCAGGGACUUCGCCAGCUCCUCUUUCAUACAGAGGCCUCGCAGUAUGCAGCUCCAUGGAUGCGAUCUGGACACCAGGAUGGCUCGUAUGAUGCCAUCUGAUGGAUUCACCGCUACUCCCCGAGUCUUCAAGCAUGACAUCACGGCAAGCGCUUCCAGCGUCAAGAGUCAAGGGCAUGGUGUCGGACUCGCUGGCUCCUACGAUCUGGUGCACGCUCGACUGCUGGUCUUUGCACUGAAGAAGGGAGAGGCUGGCUGGCAGAAGGCCGUGAGGAACAUGGCAGCGUUCCUGAAGCCCGGCGGCAUCCUGCACCUGUCAGACCUCAAUGCUGUAGGCUACUCGUACGGCUCGACGAUCUCUGGACGUCCCUCGAGCAACAUCGGAGCCCUCAACCGCAUUUCUCGGCGAGCCCUAUCCUUCGUCAACAACGAUCUGUACGCUGGUGACCACCUCGAGACAUACUUGGCCGGCGCGAAUCUCCGUAACGUCGCCUCUCAGCGGUUCUGCAUUCCAUUUGGCAGAGCAGCAAAGGAUCAAGGGUGGAGCGACGUGGAAAUUGAGCGAGGAGACCAGACGGCACUCAAAGCAUUUGUAGGACUGAAGAGACCCUUUCUUGCCGCUGGCGGUGACCCAGGCCCCAACGGCAUCGGUAUCACUUCCGACGACUUCGAUGCCUUCUUGAUCAGGCUCGAGGAUGAGAUUCGAGACGAAGGUAUGCUACUCGAAUUUGUAAUGGCCUACGGACAGAAGUCAUGA